AUGGAUGGAUGGAUCUGGAUCAACUCAUGUACCGACCUUGUUGGAUGUAUUGUGUAUGUGUUACAGCAAGGUUCCUUUAAGCGUCAAGUCGAGGUUGGUCGCGUUGUCCUUAUCAACCACGGUGCUGACAGCAACAAGAUUGCCGUCAUUGUCGACAUUGUUGACCACAAGCGUGCUCUCGUUGAUGGCCCCACCACUGGUGUCGCUCGUCAAGCUCUUGCCUUCGACCGUAUGAUUUUGACCAACAUUGUCGUCAAGGGUUUGCCUCGUAACGCCGGCCAGACUACUCUCAAGAAGUACUUGGAAAAGGAAGAGGUUAUGGCCAAGUGGAGCAAGAGCGCUUGGGCCCAAAAGCUUGCUACUCGUCAAACCCGUACCUCCUUGUCUGAUUUCGAUCGUUUCAAGGUUGCCAAGCUCAAGAACCAGCGCCGCUUUGCUGUCAACUCUGCUGUUGCCCAAGCUGUCAAGACUGCUUAA